AUGAAGACUAACCUUUCCCUCCGCGGUAGCGAAUUAGCGCAGCAGAAGCCUGUCUUCUUGGAUAUACUCAGUGAUGCCUGGGGUCCUGUAUCAAACCCCGAGGGGGUUGUGAAUAUUGGACUCGCUGAGAAUACAUUAAUGCAUUCAGAAAUGCUGCAGUUCAUUGAAUCCAGAUCACAGGUCACCUCUCACAUACUGACCUACGGUGAUGGGUUUUCCGGCUCAAGACUCCUUAAAGAAUCGUUAUGCCAUUUUCUAAACCAACGCUUUUCGCCCUUGACCCCGUUAUCUCCCUCCCAUAUCUCUGUCACCUCUGGUGUGAGCAAUGCAAUUGAAUGCUGCGCCUGGGCUCUCUGCGAUCCUGGGGACUAUAUCUUACUUGGACGCCCGUACUUCAAUGCCUUCAAGUCGACAUUUGGACUUAGAGCCGGGGUCGCGGUUUACGAUGUCAAGUUUGGGGCGAUUGACCCUUUCAGCCAUGAAGCAGUGAGGCAAUACGAGCAGGCAUAUAAUCAGGCACAAAGGGAUGGCAUCCGUAUUAAAGCCCUUGUGCUAUGCUCGCCGCAUAAUCCUCUUGGCAGAUGCUAUUCGGAAGAUGUUCUCGCUGAAUACAUGGUGUUCUGUAAUAGACAUAAACUACACCUUAUCUCGGAUGAGAUAUACGCAUUGUCAGUGUGGGAAAACCCGGCUCUUCCUGACUCGGUGCCCUUUAAAUCUAUCCUUUCUAUGGAUAUCAAGAGCCUCAUGGAUCCUAGUAUGGCACAUGUGGUAUGGGGCUUGAGUAAAGAUUUCGGAUCGACAGGAUUACGGAUUGGGUGUCUUAUUAGCCAAUCAAAUACACAUCUUCUCGAAGCUGCCGACGGCAUUUCGCUCUACAACUUUCCAUCCAGCUUGGCGGAUAAUAUUGCUUCGUCUCUCCUUCGAGAUGAUAAAUUUACAAGUAGUUACAUUGCGACAAAUCAGCAUCGUUUGGCCGAGAGCUACUCCUUUGUCACGAGUUUUCUACGGAGGUACGGGAUACCAUUCUACGAGUCCAACGCUGCCUUCUUCGUGUGGAUAAACCUCGGCGCUGUGACCAAAGAUGGUGCUAAUGAUACUGAGAUUAUGGCGCGACUCCGGGAGAAAAAGGUCUACGUAGGUGCCGGAUACAUGUAUGCGAGCGAAGAACCAGGCUGGUUUCGGAUGGUAUUCGCUCAUCCCACACCUAUACUUCAAGAAGGUCUCCAGCGCAUUGCCCAAGCUUUAGAAAUCUAA